ACACACACACACACACACACACGGUGAAAUACGAAACACAGUGUCUGCAGCCGUCAUGACACACAGUCGACAAGGAGUCACACCUGCGCUACAGGUGUUGUGUUGGAGGAGUGUGUGUGUGUUGUUCACACUGUUGGUGUGUGUGCUGCUGCCUGAACUUGCUCACUCAGCAAAACCUCGGUGUGGAGUGGAGCUCAUUGCUGAUCUACAGUUUGUGUGUGGAGACAGAGGGUUUUACAGAGGUCAUCCUGGAGCAGUGCGGACCGCAGGUCCUCGGCGUAGAGGUAAAGGAAUCGUGGAGCAGUGCUGUGUGCGAGGAUGCGACCUGCAGCACCUGGAGCAUUACUGCGCCAAACCCAAGCGAGAGCGACGACACACACCACACGCUGAGUAUUCGUCCUGGCCGAUGUUUCUCAGACGCUACGACGCGAACCAGUUUAAAAAUGAACCGGAGAAAUUCCUGGAAAAGCUAACGGAGCGAGCGCUGUACCAGAGGAAGCUCGCGCUCACUGCACUGCAGCCUAGCAGAAAACAAAUCCCCAAGUCCAGUCACCGCUUAAAGCACCAGAGGAAACGACGUGACUGAAACUCUGUCUUCCAUCAGCUGUCCAAAAACAUAGUGCUCACAUUAGCAUCAGUUAGAAAUGAAUAUUUAUCAAGCUCAUUUAAAUGAGCUCAGCGGAUAUCCAUUGCUAAUUACGCUAAUGCUAAUAUUUUUCCUGCAAUGUGGCCUUUGUUUUGUGUUUAUUUUUGAUACAGUAGCAUGUAGCACCAAUAUUUUUUUUUUCCCAAAAGAAUGGUAAUAGUCAAAUAGUUAAUGCGCUAAUGCUAAUUGAUAUAGAAACAGAUUUGGACUUUUUUAUUUUGUGUUUUUAAACUGCACUUCAGAAAGCAGCUGCGCUAGCCUGAGCGUGGAAUUCACUCACGCGUCACAUUAUGAUGAUGUUUGGAUGUCAUGAACGUCAUCAGCUGCAUUGCACUAAUUGCACACGAUCGCUAGCAUCUCAACACAGUUAGCUUUUUUAGCAAAAAAAAAAACAACAAGCUAACUAGCAUGGUUAGCUAAGUGAACGAACUGUUGCUAGCUGAAUGUUAAUCUGAACUAAACGUGCCGUAAACACCACUGUAAAUAAAGGCACAGAACUGAUGGAUGACUGGUCAGGGAUUGAAGAAGAGCGUCUUUCGUUAGCUUUAAAGUUGAACACAAGAAAUUUCACACUGACGCACUUUUAUUAGCUGUUUUAUUUAGUUUGUUCUAAAGGUUGGCUGCUUGGUGGUGUUUCUGACUCCAUGGUUUCACCUAGCUAGCACCUAGCUAGUGCUGUUUCAUUUCCAUAUGUUCAUAUUUCAGCUGUUUAUUUAACAACGCUCUGAAAAUUAGCCGUGAAAAAAUAACAUACAGAUUGGUUAGCUUUUUACAAUCGGCACAAAAGACACAUGAACGGUUCACUCCACACAGCUGAGUUCUGCUCUCUGAUUGGUCAGAAGGUGAUACCUUAUUGAUGCCUUAUCGUUUCCAUAGUAACAGCUCACGUUAACGAACGUCACCAACUUCAGAGGAAUCAGUGAACGAUUAUUAAAAUAUUUCGUAAACAUGACGAACAAAUCAACGUAAUAAUAUAGAAUCCCGUUAACACUAUUCCAACAUCCAGACCCACCCCUUUUCUGUUGCAGGCCCCGCCCACUUGAUCAGCUCUCUCUGUGAAUCCUGAGUGCAGGGUGAAUCCGUCCAGUGCACUACAAGAGAUUUUUAUUUUUCUCAGAACAAACUUUUUACUAAAAUAGAAGUCAGGUUUUUUUCUUUCAUGCUGACCUUCAGAACACUGUCCAGUUGAUUUGUGAUGGACAUUCAGACUGCAUUAGCGAAUGUUUUUCAGUGACAUGUUUGCACAUUUGUUGUUAUAAAUUAUAAAUCUUUUGUAUCUUAUUAUCUUGGAUAAAGUCUUGAAUGUG